CAGUGAGUGUGACGCUUUCCGAUUUUCCCUAUUAUCAGCUUUUCUCAGGAAACGGCGAUGUACACCUCAUUUGAUAGAAAAAUCUUCGGGCUCUUCAAAACAGUAUUCCGAUUAGUUCCAGUUUUUACCGAAAAAUAAAAAACAAAGGAGUUCUUGUGAUUAGAUUCUUACUAGAUUCUGAUAAGUAUUUCGUACAAUACAGUAGUUUAUUUACUCAAAACACAGAUAGAUUAUUUAUUUCAACACAGAUAUUAGAAUAAGUCAGGAUAACAGAGAAUAAGCAAAAGUUAUUGAUUACAUUAAAAAACUGUCACCAAAAAGGGCUAAAUAAAGCGCAGAUACUUCCAUGUAGUUUGGGAUCACUCCUCGUUUUUUGUAAUUUAAGAAGUGGAAUAAAUGCAUUAUCGUAAUACAAUGACGAGAUAACUUAUCAUAGUUGUAGUGCGUUAUAGCUUAGUUGGUAUAAGAGCACGGCAUAACAUGUAGGUCCCAGAUUCGAACCCUGAACGAACCGCUAUGUUUUUUUUCAAAUUUUUUGACAUAAGACUGACAGUAGUAAAGUUAUGGAACAAAUUCUAUCAAUUUCCAGAAAAAAAAAGUUUUUAAGUAGGAAUUUCAUAAGAAACACAUAAGAAUUACAUAAGAGUUUUUAUUACUUUCUUAUGAAACUCUUACGACUCUUUUAUAAGGCUCUUAUACUUUUCAUAUGGAAUUUUUGGAACUCUCCUGCGGAAUCUUAUUUAAGAAACCGCUAAGAAUUUGAUAAGACUUUUGUACUGGUCUUAUUUGAUACUUAUAGCUUUCCAGUAAGAUUCUUGACUGAUCCUUAUAUAAAAAUCGUCGACUAGGGUGUGUAUGUAAAUGUUGAUGCUCAAAGAAGGAACGGAGAACAGAUACACUCUUGAGCAGCUGCCUUAUUUUACAUAAUUAUUUAUUCUGCCUUGCUUGGUUUUUUCCAACUAACAAAAAUCUCACACCAUCGAACUGACUUGAGUAAAUGCAAAAAGAAAAAGUAAUAUUUUUCAGUCACCGGAAAAAGCAAAAUAAAAGAAUUAUUAUGCGCUACUCUUGUUCUUGAAAAAAUGUAACAACGUCAAAGAAUGACAAAAAGCAAAUAAAACGUUAGUCAUGAAUUUAAAAAGUAGAUAAAAACCUAGAAACUAUUUAUUAUAAAACAGGCUGAAAAUAAGAUUUUACUCUCGAAUAAGCGAUUUUAGUUAAUAUCAUUAAGAUACAAUACUAUAGCUUAUAGUUUGCUCAUAAGAAAAAUGAACAGCGAACAGAACAGUAAGUCGAGGAAGCCUAUUAUUUCAAUGCGUGGUUAUAGUUCUACACGAGACUCUGUGUUACAACUUUUCCGCGACACAUUUCUGCGAACCGACAUUAUCGCGAACAGGAUCCCGACUGUUCGCUACUUUUUCAUAAUACACAUUUGGGUAUUUUGGCAGUGUGGUGGGCGAUGAGAGGUGAAGGCAGUGUGAGAGUGAGUUCAGAAAGUGGCUUCUCAUAAAAUAUAUUUGCUUGACUUAGUAUGAAUCUUUUUUGAGCUUUUUAGAUAGUUAUCUAAUAUGAAAUUAGUUCAGGAUGAAGUUGUAUUAAAAUUUUGAUAACGGGUAGUUACCAAUAGUAAGCACCAGUUAUUUUGUUAGUUUUAUAAACUUCCGUUUUCUUAAUGUCAAUUUUUAAAAUUCGCGAUAAUGUCGUUCACGCAUAUAUGAGUGAAUCCGAGAUUCAGUUCAACAUAUGACGUAUGUACUAUCUUUGAGGCGAUUCUGAACAAGUAGGACAAGAGUCAGAAGAAGUGUUCAAUGGAACUGAAAAAGGAUUCCAAACGCAUACCAGAGUAGAAGAUAUGAAUUUUGACAAAACAAUAAUCCGUUUGCCUUUAAUGAUCAAUAGUGUGGAAACAACUGAUCCUGAAGCAGGUAGUAAAAUUCAUUUGUACAAAAUCAAAAUUUCAAUAUUCACUUUCGAAGGUACACAUGAAUUAAUACCUGAUGAUCGUUUGAUCUAUGAAAAAGAUUCAUUUCAGCCCAGUACUAAUACAAUAGGCACAAUCAAUAAGGAAACUAAUGCUGAAUCAAGUGGUUCUAAACAAAUCAAAGACGAAGAUUGCUGGGGUGACAUUGUUUCAUCUAGUAUUUGUGAAAUAUCAGGUUCAACUAAUCAUACAAACAACCCGAACAAGACUGGCCCGGGUGAUCAUGUUUCAGCUGGUAUUUGUGAAAUAUCAGCUAGUAUUUGUGAAAUAUCAGAUUCAACUAAUCAUACGAACAACCCGAACAAGACUGACUCGGAUGAUCAUAUUAGACAAUUCCUUCAAACUGGUGAAGAAUCGGCAAGCACUCAAGUGUCGACAGGAAAGCGCAAAAAAUCAUGA